CGCAUAUUGUACAGUGUAGUAUGUGUCAUCUGAUCUCGAAGAAUUCGAAUUAAGAAUCUAAAGGUUACCUGUAAAAAACGAUACGUACCGGAGUCUUAAUAACAGAGCGUCAAUUUCUAGUAAAAGGCAACAGCAAACAAACAUAACCUAAAAGGAAGAAGUGAUUUUGAAUGGAGGCUACGACAUUUAUUUCUCCACUGACAAACAAUCAGUUUUUCUCAGUGAGUCAUUACAUUACAACGUUGGGAAUUAUUUUGAAUAACAAUAACCUGCUUUCAUCUCCAGUCGAAAAUGAUACUGUACCCGUUCUGAAUGCCUUUUUUGAAUAUCUAAACAAGUCAAAUAAUGAGUCAGCUGCAAAAACCAUCUUUUUAAAGAAAUGCGAAGUAAAAUUAACAUUUCUGAUUUUGAAGAGCUGAAUAAUUUUACGAAUGUUAACAAAUUUUAUCGGUACAUUAUUAAUGUGGGGUUAUUUGCCCACUUUCGCAACAUUGCAGGUUAUGUAAGAAAUAUUUUCAAUGAUAACAACAACAGCUUUUCUAAUCUACAGGAAAUUUUGUAUCACGAUUUCUCAAACAAUCUCAAUACUAAGAAUAUUUGCUCCCUGAGAAAGGAAUCCGAAAAACUGAAUUCUCUUGCAAUUAAAAGAAUCUUUAAAGAAUAUGUUUUACCUGUUUUUACCGAAAUGUGGAAAGAAAAGAAAAACUUAAAUGUGCAACGAGACGGUUUGAAAAUAGUAAAACGGUUUAGAAGACAAGAAUCAUCGUCAGAAGACAGCGAUAGUGACGCUCUGGUAAUUGAUGAAGACUCAUCUGAAGAAGAGGAUCCAUUAAGAAAAUUUCGUCUUGAAUUUUUAUCAAAACUAAGAAUUGAAGGUUUAACAAUUUUAGAUCAAGAGAGAGAUUCAUUCCAUACAAUAGUAAACAUUAUUGCUCUUGAGCAAGUACGCGAUGGUUUUAAUUAUCCACUUGAACUCUGGCUUCUAGAUUUUACAACUAAUGUAAGUAGUGUCAAUUUUUUAAUUAGUUUAAAAGGAGCAACAUUUUCCUUUUAUAAUUUCGAGCUGGUAACGAGGAAUCCAUCAGGUAAAGUGCCUCCAAGUAUACGAAAUCCACAUUCACAUUCGGAUGAAACAAACAUUCUUUAUCACAUAACAAGUGAAUCACUUAACGGUUUUGUUGAUCUGAAUCAGUACAACAUUCACAAUCUGUACAUACUGUUUCCACACGUUAAUUUUACAGUCACAGACACGAGGUAUGAGGUAAUUGAAAAUAGAUUUUUUUUAAUUGUUGAUCUGGAAAGACAAGAUUUAUCGACUAUUUCGUGGUUUAAUAUUAUUAAAACUACAAAAAACAGAGAACUUUCUAAUACAAGAAAUUCCAGAAGGAUGAAUGCUAUUAAAAGAGCUGCAGAAUUCAUCUCGUCAAAUGUUCCAAUGAAAACAUUUGCUGAAGCUGUGAAUAUGUUGAAAAAUUACCUAUUGUCUGUAUAUACUUACAACCUCAAUUUUCCAACAUAUCAACAACUGUCUGAAAAUUAUUCAAAUGACACGACGAUUUUGGACGUUUAUUCACCCUGGAAAAUUGAUAACAAAUACGUAAAUGAUGUUCUAUAUGAAUCAAAGUUUUAUUUUCAAUAUAACGAAGAUAAAUAUUACUGGACUUUGAGUGAAAAAAGGAGUGCACACUACAAGUCCAAUUUUUAUUACUAUUAUGAUAAAUACAGCACAGAUUUAAAUUAUUUUCAAAACAAACUUCGAUUUGAAGAUUUUUUUAGAAUUGGAUAUGGCGCUAAUCAUGUGUCAGAGAAUUUGAAAGUUUCACUUUUGAGAGUGGCUCUUAGACAAUGUGAUGAGGAAUUGAAUAAAGAAUCAAUUUUACUCUAUCUGGCUUUCUAUAUGAACGAUAAGCCUUCUAGCAUUUACAAAUAUACAAGACAGUUUAUAACUUUAAAAUUAAAUGCACCAUGCAGUGAAAAUCGUAAUCUUACACUAUCAAACGCAUUAAAUGAUUCUACUGGUACAGGAAUAUUAUUUUUUUUCAAAAUAAAAAUAAAUAAUCGUUGUGGAGUAGCAGAUGUUUAUCAAUUUUUCAAGAAUGAAGUCAAGUCACAUUUUGUAGUUUCUAAUGAAAAAUAUAAACGAACUGAAAAAUUUAAAGAAACCAUUGGGAAUCAGACAGUAAUUUUUAUGACGGUUGAAUCCAAUGGAACAAUAUCAAAAGAAGAAAAAAUGAUCAACAUUGUGAAUCAACUAAAUGCUCAUUAUGAGAACCCACGGUAUCAAAGGUUUAAAUAGAAAGGUAGCAGUCAAUUUUGGCAGUUGAUGUUUUUUAUUAUUACAAUUAAUAAUUAAUAACUAUCAAUUUUUCUUUCCUAGCCAAUAAUAAUAAUAAUGAGAAUAAUAAUAUCUAAUUAAUAAUAAU